CGUAUCGAGAUAUCUCAAAUCUUUCACUGCAGCGGUUUGUUGUUAUGCAUCACCAAAGACAAAUCUAGGCUUGUUGUGUGGAACCCUUGUUCCGGACAAACGAGGUGGAUCGAACCACCGAGAAAUUCUUAUUACGACAUAUUGGACAGGUACGCUCUCGGUUAUGAGAUGAAGAAAGACAAGUACUCGCAGCGUCCUAGCCUCAAAGUGUUGAGAUUUGUGGAUGAUUACGACCCGCGGGUGAAUCGUCGAGUUACUAAGUUUGAAAUCUACAAUCUAAACUCGAACUCAUGGAAAGUUGUUGAUUGUGUCAAUGAUCCGGACUGGGAAAUAGAAUCUCACCACUAUGGCGUGUCUAUCAAAGGCGGCAACACUUACUGGUGUGCACGACAGAAGCAUGAUCCACCACGCCCGGAUUUCCUUAUCUGUUUUGAUUUUACAACCGAGAGAUUUGGACCCCGCCUGCCUCUGCCUUUCCGCACUUUUUGGGAAGAGACGGUGACUCUUUCUAGUGUUGGAGAAACGCAGCUCGCCGUUUUAUGUCAGAAAUCUACUUCACUGGUAUUCACCGUCAAGAUAUGGAUUACUAGUGAAAUUGGGCCCAAUACAGUGUCGUGGAGGAAGUUGUUCUUAGCGGCUGAUAUGAAACCACUCAUCGGUUUUCAAUUUAUGUAUGGCAGUUUCUUUGUUGAUGAGAAGAAGAAAGUAGCAGUGGUUGUUGAUAAAGACAGCAAUAGAUAUCAUCCAACUCGCAACAUGGCUUACAUCAUUGGAAAGAAGGGAUAUGUCAAACAAGUUGAUCUCGGCGAAUCUAGAAACUUAAAUUGCUUCCCACGCGUGUGCUCUUUUGUUCCGAGCUCAAUGCAAAUCAACCACCGUGGCAACCACAACACACUUUGAUUUUUUGUUCUGUUAUCUUUUCUUAUCUUUAAUUAUUAAUUUGUAUCUCUAGACAAUUGAGUGGACUCUUGUGCCUUUUUCAUAUAAAUUGAGUGUGGAUCUU